AUGGAUGCAGCAGACGACAUCAAUUCCGCCAAGAAGAAACAGAAGAAAAAGUCUUUCCGGAAGAAAGCUGCGGCCAAGUCAAGCGCAGACGGGUUGGAGGAAACAGCUAGCCCACCGCCUGUCUGGGCUUCAGAUGACACUUCUGCGGAUGAAGACUCCGCUGAAUCAGCAGCCCACAGCCGAGUGGCUUCUGAGCGCAGCGCUGAAGAACAGGCACGAGAGAAACACCGAGAAUCGCAAAUGUUUACCGGCAUCGCCUGCCCCAAAGUUUCAGAAGAGCUGGAGGACGAUGGAGCAGAUGACAUCCCGGUAGCCCAGGCAAGGACAAAGCGACAGCAAACUACAUGGCCCCCGAAUUUGGAUGGCAAGACCGCGUUCUUCCAACUCAAGGACUGGGAUGACCAGGAACAUGAGCUGCCCGGCGACGGCAUUGCUUCCAUGCACUUCAACCGAGGCUUCAACUUUAAACCUUUCAUUUUCUUGCCAUCCGUAUUGCUGGCGGCCAUGUCCGAUUCGCCGGUGCUGACGUACGAGACGGGGCAUAUUCCAAACAGUGGAACUGCAGGCGUGACUUGCGCCUUUGGUAAUCCAGUGCAAGACAUCUUUCAGAAAAAGGAGUACUGUCCCAUCAUCGCGGGCAUGAGCCCCUGGUAUUGGGCAGUCGGUUGGUACAGCUUUUUCCUCUUGACAGUAGGAAUCUGCCACGUAUGUGGGCGGCGAAUCCCGAUCCAAGUCGUUCCUGGCGUUCCCAAUGCCAUUUACGCAAGCCCCAUAUGCCGCUUCUUGGAUGUGCAACGUGCUGGCUAUGAUGACAACCACCUGCUUGGCUUCUUUCUUCUUAUUUCCACUUGCUUUGUGCACUCCAUGAUGGUACGGUUCAUCGCCACGCCCGAGGGGAAGGAUUGGGGGCAUGCUUGCCUGCGCUACGGAAACUGGCAGGGUUCUUACGAGGACUACUGCCAGCCAGGCCCGCUGAUGGAGCCGAGUUGGACAGUGUUCCUGGUUUUGGUGUCGGUGUGUGCCAUGUUUGCCCUUUGGGACCAGGGCACCGUUGUCGAAGGCUCAGAAGAUCGGAAAGACGAGUCGGGCUAUGCAGAGGAAGUCACAAUCGAUCGACUGGACGCAGCAGCCGUAAACUUGAAGGCAAUUAUCCGCUUCCAAAUGUCUGAGACAGAGCGGCUGCUGGAGGAGGAGCCCACGCGGCUCGCUAUGUUCAUUGGCUGGAACAAGCUGCAGGCGUGGCUGGCCGGCAAGGAGCCGCCCAAGAAAGCUGUCAGGCGGACCACCUUUCUCACAGUGAACUUCUUUUCCAAAUCCCGCGACGACAUGCCAGACAAGGUGGACUCCGAUGCCGAAGGUGUUGGAGGCGAGCCAGACUUUACUGUCCGGUUCUACUGCAAGAAGGCUGGCAAGUGUACUAGAAGUUUUCAUGAUGCUUUGCUGGAGGUCUUCAGGAUUGCUGGCUCUGUGGAUGUUUUGCCAGAUGCCUUGCAGAUGGCCAGGGAGGAUCUGGAGGUACAGAUACUAGGUGCUGGCACGGAGGACGAGAAGGCUCAGGUCCUGCAGAGCUUUUUCAGACGGCGUUUGAUGCUCCAAGAGAGCACAACGGGAAAGGUUCGCAUCAAGGAGCUUUACAGCUUCUGUGAUGACACGAUGCGGAUUCUAGGGAACACUGUUGAGACAAGUUCAGACGGUGCCAGCCGAAGUAGCAAAGCGCGCCUCAGCUGUUUGCCAAAAAAAUCUUCGGACGGCCUGGGCAUCAUCGACCGCUUUCUCGAUCGGUGGCACCUCCAGGACGUGGUUGGACGACGCACAGAUGCGUACAAUGCCGCAGGCUAUCUGUUCACUGCCAUUGGUUGUACUAUCGCUUCCAUUAUCUCCCCACAAGCGGAUGCCUGGGCGAUCGUAUAUUGGUUGGCAAACAAAGACUCGCUUGUGGAAGCUCGUUGUGAACAGACAUUUUCUGAUGGCUUUGCAAGCCCCUGGUGCAGCACUUCGGCAAGUGUCAGCAUGCAGCGACGCACGUUCCGCCCGGAAAUGGCAUUCUUCACAACCAACCGCAACGCCUGGUUGGUUUUUCUCUGCUUCCUUUGCAAAUUGGGCAUCUUCGGAUGUCUGGGCUACUACUUUGCCGAAACUGUGAGGAAGACCAUUCGGGGGCUGAUGCAAGCCGCACAUCCAAUGGUCAUCUUGAACUCAAUUCUUCUCCAUUGGGCCCAGCUUCGAUCCUUGAACACAUCCCAACUGCAUGUCUGGAAGCGAGUUCGAGAUUCUAUUUUGUUCAACGACGUGAAGUUCAUCCUGGACCGCUUUGAGAACAUUGUGAUCGCGUACCUGGGAGUGGCCUUCUGGUUUAUUUCCGACUCAACCUAUCAAAUCGUCCUGAGGAACGAGGCACCCACCUUCUUGGCAUUUUAUGUUAUUAUCGUCUUCAUGGCGGCCACAGCUAUAUGUUUGGGUGCAGCCCUUUCCUGCCAUCUUGCGCAGGAGGAGCACACGAGGUCGCUUACCAGACUCAAGGAGGCAUCGAUGCUUCGGACGGGAAAGCACGUGGAACACCAACGUGCCCUGCUGGACAUGAUCAUCCAGCGCCUCGAUUCUGGGGGCGACUACCAAACGAGAAUGCUCUACAUGCCAUUGAACCCCAAGCUUCAGAAAGUUCUACUGGGCUAUGUGGUUGUGUCCGCAGCUUCCGUUGUCGGCCGCCUUGUGUCCAAUGAGCUUCCUGCCUAG